AUGUUCGGGAGGUUAAUUACAUCAAACCUUGUCAACGAUCAGCUGAGCCGGGAUCCAGUGGUCGCCCACGUUCAAAAGAAAAAAAGGCAGGUUGGAAAGGUCCCGCUUUCAGCCGCUGUACUUUACGGGGUUGGUGAGAUAGAUUGGACAGACUCCUAUAAUGAACUCCCCCGGGCAUUGGUAUUUGUAUACCCUACGUAUCCCAAUCAUCCCGUAUGGGUGGAUUGUAUUCAGCAAGGCCCUGACCGAUAUAGGUCUCGCGGAGACUUUGUAAGGUUCCCUACCCUAAAGCCUUUGGUAAACUCAGCCAGUUCCGGAACUGAUAACUUAUUUGUUAGCUCACCAGAGCUAGCUCAUAUACUUGUCCCUAGAGUCGGUGAUUACAAUAUCAUCGCCUAG